AUGGUCCCCUGCUCUCCUGUGGUCCCCUACUCUCCUGUGGUCCCCUUACUCUCCUAUCGUCCCCUGCUCUCCUGUGGUCCCCUGCUCUCUUUUGGUCCCCUUACUCUCCUGUGGUCCCCUUACUCUCCUAUCGUCCCCUGCUCUCCUGUGGUCCCCUGCUCUCUUUUGGUCCCCUUACUCUCCUGUGGUCCCCUUACUCUCCUAUCGUCCCCUGCUCUCCUGUGGUCCCCUGCUCUCUUUUGGUCCCCUUACUCUCCUAUCGUCCCCUGCUCUCCUGUGGUCCCCUUACUCUCCUGUGGUCCCCUUACUCUCCUAUGGUCCCCUUACUCUCCUGUGGUCCCCUGUCCCCUGCUCUCCUGUGGUCCCCUUACUCUCAUGCUCUGGAUCCUCAUUUGA